AUUUGAUGAUAACUUGUCGGCUGCCACUUCACGAGACGCCGGGUUUAUUUUUUUUACUGGAACGUGCAAAUUUGCAUCAACUUGAAGGAGGAAUCGGCAGAGAUUAUUCUAAACUUCCUUGAAGAAGCGGUUAACAUGAACAACACUGCAGAGCAAGACCAAGGCGUCACAGAAUCGCCUAUUCCCCUGCCUUCCAGCUUCGUGUAUCCAGUGGCGACGUGUCAUAUCUUAAUUGUGGCUGUAGCUGUCAUUGGCAACAUCAUGGUUUGCUCGGCUAUACUUAUCAACAAAAACCUGCGCAAAAUGCCCACAAAUGUCUUCAUUUUCUCCUUGGCGUCAUCGGACCUUCUCACAGCGACCCUGGCAAUGCCAUUUGACAUAGAGGGGCUUUUUCUGGGAUGGGUUUGGAACCAUGGAGAGGCGAUAUGCAGGGCCUGGAUCACGGUCUACCUCAUUACCGUUCCGACCUCGAUUUUGACUCUCUUGGCCGUGAGUUUGGAUCGCUACAAAAGCCUCAGCGAUCCUCUCAAUCGUUAUCGCCGCUUAGGGUUCAUGACUCAUAAGAGAGCCAUCGUUAUUAGUCUGAUGAUCUGGCUUUACAGUAUCCUGUUUGCCUUACUCCCUAUCAUGGGCUGGCGAACAUUACGGAAGUUCGUUGAAUUCAAUGUGUGCUGGUUUCCUUUCCCGCCGGUGUAUUCUGCCCUCAGUUCUACCGUGAAUUUUAUUCUACCGCUGACAAUCGCCUGUGGCAUUCACCUCAAGAUUUACCGCCUGGUAUGUAGGCAGCUGAAGAAUUUCAACACAAGUCAACGCGCUGAGAACAACGACAGCGCGCCCUCUGAAGGAGAACGGAAAAUUUUUUUUAGAAACGUCCGAGCCUUUAAGACGACUACAAUGUUUGUGUGCGCUAUCUUCCUUUGCUGGGUUCCCUACUCAUCUGUCAGCAUUGUUGCUGUUUUGUGCGAGUCAUGCGCAGCAGCAAUCCCGAGUGAAGCCAGGGUUGUUCUUGUAAUGAUUGGUUAUCUGAACUCGGCCUUAAAUCCAUUUCUGUUCGCUUUCCGGAGCAAGCGAUUUAAGGCUGUUUAUCCAAAUGUCUUCGGGUCUCCUAGACGAGUUGCUCGAGUAAUGUAAAUCUUCACUGCACCUUUCAAUUCUCCAUUUAUUCCUGAAGUGACCAGAACUACUCAGUCCGUGUUUAUUUAGAUAAGAUCUACUAGUUUGUCUAGACUGAGUAGAAAACAAAGUUCCAAUGGUUGCAACAAUACUUGAAACUCUCUUUCAAUAACAAUUUCAUUAAUCAACACCAAUCGAUAGAAAAAAAAAUUAAUCAGGAUCUCAUUAACCCAAAUUAAACUACAAUUGCAAUUAAGGCUUGAAGAUUAUAUAAAGGUAAGCCAGAGCAAAUAGUCAUUGUAACAAUAAAAAAGAAUUGAUGAUAGUCAACUAGUUCAGUGAUCAUAACAAAGUCCAAUGAUUUUUGGAAUUUUUUUCCUACGUUAAAAUUUCGAAAAAUGAGCAUUUCGAGUCUUGUUUUUGUUUUGUUGGGAGACAGUCUGACACUAAUCCUUCAUGUGUGAAAAAACAGGCGAAAUCAUACAUUGUUAAGACUCAAUCAGGCCAGCUCCUCAAAAGCAUUACUCCUUCUGUAUGAAUCCAACGCAAAGUAUUUCAAGAUUGUUUGCAAAUUAAAAGCCAUGCCGCUUGCGGCAAAAUUUGUCAGUUCUAAAACGACUUGCGUUUCUCUAGACCGAUUGGGUUUGCGUGCUAUGUGCAAUAAGAUUAUCCUUUAACGAACUUUUCCUCGCAAUAAUUGCAAAUUAAGCAUUUCGAAACUUGGCACAGAUUUCUAUUUAUUUUGAUAUUUGUUUGUUUGUUUUGUAUAUGCAGGGAGGAGUCUGUCAUGACGGAGUCUCGAUCUCGCGUGUUCCUUUGUUUGUGGUUAUUUUUCGGUAAAUGCCCUCAACUUGGGUGAGUUCAGUUUUCCUUUCAAACGAUUCUUUUGGGGUUUCAAAUCUCCGACCAAAAAUGCCAGACACUAAAACAGCUCUCAUUUCCUAACACUUGUCAUUCCUGUUAUUUGGAAUUACAUCAUACUUUUUUCCAGAAGUUGCGAGCAAUUUAGUUAAACAUGAUGACAAUUCCAGCAAUACAAUGAAUGAAUUCCCAACAUUCUGGUAACAUCUACCAGUUAAUUGCAGAUUUCUACUUUUCCAAACAAUGUUUGGAUCAUUUUUAUUUAUCAGAAAAAGCGUUAAGCGUUAACAACUGAUUUGUAUUGUCUGGAUGCGAAAAUUCUUUUCCUUCAAGAAAUUAAUGUUACACUUAUUUACAAACUGACUCCGUCAACUAUAUAUAAACCGAACAUGAAAGCAAUCUUUGCAGUAAUACGUAAACCGUUGCGAGACGGAAGCAUUCUUUAAUUUAAUAUUCUCGUUUUAAUCUACUUAUCAUAGUUUGUAGAAUUAGAUUUUAUUUUAUCCUGACUUGGGUUUAAAAAUAAACCGUCCAGGGACAGAGAGUACUUUUUGUACUCUUGUUAUAAUCUUUUAAUUAUAAUAAGUUGUAGAUUGAAUUAGAUUUUAUGUUAACCUGACUUCGGGUUGAAUAUACACCGUCUAGGACAGAGUAUACCUUGGUAUUCUUUCCUUAAUCUUCUUACAAUUAUUGUAGAAUAAAUAUUGGAAACCCAGACAACGGUUUAAAAAUAAACCUUCGUGAGAGCAGAGAGGGUACACAUUAGUGCUCUAGUUUUAAUUUAAUUAUUUCUAGGAUAAGACCGAAUGCACCUUUGCGUUCUUAUUUUAAUCUUCUUACAAUUAUUAUUUGGAGAAAUACAUUUUUUAUCAGUUACCUUACUUUAAAACUGUCAUCGUCUCCGGAUUAAAAUAAACCGGUGUAUUGCAGAGAAUAAUCUAACAUCCUGCUGGUUUCGCAUGAUCUAAUUAUACCGAU